AUGUCUCGCACAGUCGUUCUUUGCCUGCUCGUUGCCGUUGUUUCCAUUAAUCUGAUCGAUGCACAAAUACUUUGCCCAAAAAACGAGGAGUUCAAGCUCUGUGGAACCGCUUGCGAGCCUAACUGUGCAUAUCCUCAGCUUCCACAAUGCCUCGCUGUUUGUGUAACAGCUUGUCAGUGUCUUCCUGGAUUUAAAAGGAACCAUGCAAAGGAGUGUGUCUUGCCAAAGAACUGUUGA